AACGUUUGCGAAAAAUGUGAAUGAAGUGUUAUAUUUUUGUCAGCUAUGUUUAUCUCUCCCUUCUGGAAUGGGCACGUUAGACAGCACCGACAACAAUCAUGAUGCUGAUAAGAAGACAGAAGACGAUGGUUGUAAAAGUUUUAACCGGCGUCACAAAAUCAAGCUCAUUCAGAAAGCUAUGGAUUCCAGUCCAGUGGAUACCAGGCAGCUUAAGAACCUCGCAAUCAUGUGGGGAGGUCUUCUCAGUGAUGAUAUCCGUAAAAAAGCUUGGCCGAAACUUCUAGGUGUAGAUGUGGAUAACAUUCCACCAAAGCCUGAUCAAGAAAUCCUACAGGGCCACAGGGACUACAAUCAAGUUGUGUUAGAUGUUAACAGAACACUAAAAAGAUUUCCGCCAGGUAUGGAGGAAGAACAUCGGAUGUCACUACAAGAUAAACUUGUUGACCUCAUCAUGAGAGUUCUCGUUAUACACCCAGAGUUACACUACUAUCAGGGUUACCAUGAUAUCUGUGUGACAUUCUUGCUUGUUGCUGGAGAGGAUGUAGCCUUUGCUCUCAUGGAGUGGCUGUCUGUGAAUCAUCUCAGGGACUUCAUGGAUUCUAACAUGGAUAGGACCAAACAUAUACUGAAUUACCUGUAUCCUAUUGUGGGCAAGUCUAAACCACAAUUGCGGGACUUCAUGGAGGAGUCAGAGGUUGGGUCCGUGUUCAGCCUGAGUUGGUUGAUCACAUGGUACGGACAUGUACUAGAUGACCUACGACACAUCGUGCGGUUAUAUGACUUCUUCAUCGCUUGUCAUCCUCUCAUGCCCAUAUACCUAGCAGCUGUUAUUGUGUUGUACCGUGAAAAAGAGAUUCUGUCCAGUGAGUGUGAUAUGUGUGUGUUACAUGGACUUUUGUCGAAGAUUCCAGACAAUUUACCAUUUGAGCUUCUGAUUCGAGAAGCAGGGGACCUGUUUAUCCAGUACCCACCUACUCAGCUGGCUAAUGAGGCCAUCAACUCCUACAAGAGAAAAGCGUUGGUUGUGACGGGUAAGAAAUCAAUACAGAAAUAUGCGACACAGCGGGGUGCAGGUGGCUCCUGGUUUUGGCGGUACUUGGCACCAGAUGUGGGAGGAGGUUACUUCAGGGUCACAGCAUUCGUUGUUGUAGCACUGCUAUCAUCAGCAGCAUGGAACAUGUGGGCAACACGCGAGUGGUGAAGAUAUUGCUGACUGGAAAACGGAAUCUAGUCUCAAAAACAGAUUAUAAACAUAAGUGUUAACUGAAAAUCUGCUUUGUGAUUUCUCUGUUGAUAUUUUAUACCCUUCAUUGUAGAGUUGCAUGUUGACCUACAGCUUAAACAUUCAUGUAUACAUACAAAGUAUUGUCUAAUGUUGACAUACAAAGUAUUGUCUAAUGUUGACAUAGGAAAUAUUGUCUAAUGUUGACAUACAAAGUAUUGUCUUAUGUUGACAUACAAAGUAUUGUCUAAUGUUGACAUAGGAAAUAUUGUCUAAUGUUAACCUACAAAAUAUUGUCUAAUGUUGACAUACAAAGUAUUUUGUAUUGUCUAAUGUUAACCUACAAAAUAUUGUCUAAUGUUGACAUACAAAAUAUUGUCUAAUGUUGACAUACAAAGUAUUUUGUAUUGUCUAAUGUUGACAUACAAAGUAUUGUCUAAUGUUGACUUACAAAGUAUUGUCUAUUGUUGAUAUACAAAGUAUUGUUAAUGUUAACAUACAAAUAAUGUCUAACAUUGACAUGCAUUAUAUCAAUUAAAUGUUAUUUUUCAGUGUAUGGUCCAAUAUAUUAGGAUCAUUAAGGAGAAUUUCGAUUCCUGAAUUGCAAUGAUUUGAAUGCGUUUGUUUUUGUUUUAAACGUCGCUUGUUUUCCAUCGUUAAUAAUGUUACAUCAAUUCAUUCCUGGUAUUGUACAUAUGUAUAAGUAAAGCUAACAAUACUCAAUAAGUGCUAUGGGCAUCAUCAAUAGUUUUGGUGGGAAGAGUAGCGAAACAAGCACAAUUACAUAAGCACGCCUGAAUCAUCACUAGAGUUUAAGUUAUAAUAAAAUGUGAAAAUGUGGACCUGAGUAUUUUCAUUGUUCAUGCUGCUUACUAUUUUAUGAAUUAUUUUGUUUUUGUGAUGAAAUGAUGAAAUUAGUGGUAGAGGUAAAAAAAAAAUCACAUCUUGAUCACACUGGGUAUAUGGUAUAACACAACAUGGUCAUGGUAUGGCAGUAUAUUGUGAGGUAGAUAAAUCAUACACAAUGUCAGAUCACUGCUAGAGUGUAUUGUAGGGAAGAUAACUCAUACACAAUGUCAGAUCACUGCUAGGGUGAUAUUGUAGGGAAGAUAAAUCAUACACAAUGUCAGAUCACUGCUAGGGUGAUAUUGUAGGGAAGAUAAAUCAUACACAAUGUCAGAUCACUGCUAGGGUGAUAUUGUAGGGAAGAUAAAUCAUACACAAUGUCAGAUCACUGCUAGGGUGAUAUUGUAGGGAAGAUAAAUCAUACGAAAUGUCAGAUUACUGCUAGGGGUGAUAUUGUAGGGAAGAUAAAUCAUACACAAUGUCAGAUCACUGCUAGGGUGAUAUUGUAGGGAAGAUAAAUCAUACGAAAUGUCAGAUCACUGCUAGGGUGAUAUUGUAGGGAAGAUAAAUCAUACACAAUGUCAGAUCACUGCUAGGGUGAUGUUGUAGGGAAGAUAACCAUCACACAAUGUCAGAUCACUGCUAGGGUGAUAAUGUAGGGAAGAUAAAUCAUACACAAUGUCAGAUAACUGCUAAGGUGUAUUGUAGGGAAGAUAAAUCGUACACAAUUUCUUGUUCUUUUUCCUUUUAUUCCACCAUCAUCAGAUCCUUGGCUGUACAAAAAUCUCCUUGCUUCCAUGGUCUGUUCAUCCAUUUGUUGUCAGAUGGCCAUCUUUGCUUUUGGUUUUCUUGAAGUGUUGGACAGAUUUCCACAAAUGUGUAUGUUACUCUUACACAUGAGCUAUGCCCUGUUUAUUUUGGAACUUAGGAAAACAAAAUGGCUGACAUAUGGCCAUAUUGGAUUUGACAGUUAAAGAUUACCACAAUAUCUGAAGAGGAAUUUUAAAUUUCACAUACUGAAGAGCAAAAACAGAAGAAAGAACUGUCAAACAAAUAUGGGUGUCAAGAUCCCUCUAGAAUCUCUUGUUUACAACUUAUACCACACAACAUAAUACAGCUGUGUAUGCCAUGGCUAGUUUCUACAUUAAAGGUAGUGGCAGCCUUAUUGUUUUCCUGAUGUGGAUGUGAACUUAUACUAUAAAUAUUUAACAUUACAACCUUUUCCAUACUGAUUGGGUACAUGCAAAUGUGUGUAUGUUUGUGUUGUGAUUUAUAAACAUCUUUUCAUAAGUACUAGAAAUCAUGAGAACAGUCAUAGCUAUAUAAUGGUGUUAGUGAUGUCAAUAAAUGUAGGUAAUUGAUAUGUGUAUACUUCUCAAGAAAUGUAGGUCAGUCUCUUGGCAGAUGUAUUCCUUGUGUAGAUAUUUUUGAAGACUAAGUCAGACCACAAAGAGACAUAAUAGGACCAGGUAAUUAUUGUCACAAUUAAUCAUUUAUAUAGUAAAAUCAGCACUGACUUCAGUGUUUUUGUUUAGUGUUUUGUUGAGGUCACACUAACAUUUUUAAUGAGGUUACUUAGACAAGGGCACCUGUUCCCUGGUUAAUUAAACAAUGUUACUUGUUUAAGCACCUGUUGAUAUUUAGUGGUAUUAAUGAAUAGUAACCAUAUUAAUACACUACCAUUAUCAAUGAUAUGUUACUAAUAUUUUACAGUUAUACCAUGAAAACUGGUUAUCCAUUUUCAUACAGCAAUAUUAUUUACAAAGCAUUGGAGAAAAAUGGUGUAAAGAGGCUUUGUUUCAACAGCAUUAUUUCCCAAUAUACACUUGUUUUGUCCUUCCAUUUUACUUCACAUCCAGCAGUGUGAUGCUGUACAUGUAUUGUUAAGUAACAGUCUUGCUGCUUUCGGGUAUAAACUACAAUAAGAUCUUAACUACACAUAAUGGGAGACAAUCAAAAUCUAGUGUUGUAGUUGUUUAGACACAUAUCAAAUCAGGAAGAGAUCUACUGGUCCCAUUUUGUCUCUGUUGAGGUGAUCAUCAACACCUACUGUAACUUUCAUACAUAUGUCAACAUGUUUAAUAUGUUAUAAAACAUAUGUUGAAUAUAUCAUACAACAUCAUACAGCUGUUAUUCUCGCCUGGAGCUUGAUUUUCUUGAUGGGUUUUCAAACUUCAACCAUGCUGUUAUGGUGGUUCAAAAGUUUGAAAUAUUACAUUCAUUAUUCUCUUUAAAAAGAGCUUAGAUUUAAAGUAUGGUUGAAACAAGUCUUAAAAUUGUCAAUUCUAACAAGCCGCAAGAUUAAAAAUGAAACAUCUGUGACAAUUUCAAUUAUAUAUUAAAGUCUAUAUAUCACAUACAUAUGUGAUAUCACUUCAACUUAUCAAAUACAAUGUAACCUUGUUUUCAGUUUAUAAUACCAAUUACAUCAAAUGGUUUAUGAACGAAUGUUCAUUGACACCUUCAGAUCUGUUAUAAGGUUGUUGAUUCCUGCUAUUUUCAUUUCUAGAUCACAAAUGAAUUAACAGGUCACCAUACUUAAGUUUUGUUUAGUAAAUGUCUUCUACAUUUCUCAAUCUCAUAUCACCUGUUUUUGCCAACUUUUUUUUGAUGCUGAUACCAGGCUUGAAAUGUGAUUAAUUAUCAUAAUACCGGUGAAAGUGGAAUAUUCGAAGGAAAUGAAACACCCUGAAAUAUAUAAUAUAGUAUUUACUUGGUUUAUGGGAUAUUUCUUUACAUAGUUGACACAUUAUGUCCUGAAUGUAGCCAUUUAGAAUGGCGGCAUUAAUUUGCUGUUUUCUUAGAACAUAGGAUUCAGUGAAAUAUGCAGGUUUCUUCAAGCACCUAUGAAGUACAAGAUUAGUUAAGGUAUUCUGACUCUAUACUUAAUGUCUUAUAUAACUUCAUACAAUUUACUAAACUACGUGUUAUAAUGUGCCAUUACUGUAGAUAAGUUUGAUGAAGAGUAUGUUAGUUUGACUAGAUCUGUUGUACCAGAACACGCUUGCCUUUUGCUAUCACAUUUAUGAUGCCUCCUCCCUACACAAAUAUCAGAGACAAUCUGACCCAAAUGACCAGUACUGUUGCUAUGGGAACAUUUAUUACAAAUCAAUUACGUUGUUGUAUUACUUCAUGUGCAAUAAACAAUGCCUACAUAA